GAGGCAAUUUGAUGUUUGUAAUUACCGAGGUAAACUCCACAACCUGCUGAAUGUAUGCAAACUGGACCCCGGAUGGUGUAUAUAAAUCUGACAUGCAGAAAGUAAGAGCAGGUGUUGAGACUUCUUUCUGGUAGAGCAAGUCAUCACAGAGAAUCCCUACCAUGAGCAACACAGGGGCUUCAUUGAAAGGUUUGUUGCUGGCGGUUCUUCUGGUGUCCAACAUGCUUCUGACCAAGGAAGGAGUGACCUCCUUGCCAAUCUGCUCCAGUGGAUCUGCCAACUGCCAAGUUUCCCUUGGGGAGCUUUUUGAUCGGGCAGUUAAACUUUCGCACUACAUACACUUCCUCUCUUCAGAAAUGUUCAAUGAAUUUGAUGAACGCUAUGCUCAGGGUCGGGGUUUCAUUACAAAAGCUGUUAAUGGCUGCCACACUUCCUCCUUAACCACUCCUGAAGAUAAGGAGCAAGCACAGCAGAUUCACCAUGAAGAGCUACUGAAUUUGAUACUGGGAGUGCUGCGUUCCUGGAAUGAUCCCCUGAUCCAUCUGGCCUCUGAAGUGCAAAGAAUCAAAGAAGCUCCAGAUACCAUCCUCUGGAAGGCUGUAGAGAUUGAGGAGCAAAACAAGAGGCUUCUAGAAGGAAUGGAGAAAAUAGUUGGGCGGAUGCAUUCUGGCGAUGCUGGAAAUGAAGUUUUCUCUCAGUGGGACGGCCUUCCAUCCCUGCAACUCGCUGAUGAGGACUCCAGACUCUUUGCUUUUUACAACCUGCUGCAUUGCCUCCGCAGAGAUUCCCACAAAAUCGACAACUAUCUUAAAGUCUUGAAGUGCCGCCUAAUCCAUGACAACAAUUGCUGAGUACCUCUGGGCUGCAUCACUCACUGCAACCAUUCCUCAUGGUGUUCUUGUUGCUUUGCCACUUUUCACUGCGAACUUUAUGGAGAGCCACGUUGUACGGCACCAGGAUCAUCAGUAACUUUCAGGCAUGCUUGUGUGAAUUCUGGCUGCAACUAUUAGUGCCGUUUAUCUUUGUGUUUAAAAUGCUGUAAGUCACUUGUAUAACAAGAAUAAACUUCUCUGCCUAAUUUCCUCACUUAGUAGCAUUUCACUGAUAAGUAGAUGAUGUAGAUACAAAUAAAAAUAUUAUUAAAUUCAAAAUCACGUAAAAUCAAGUAGUAUCCAUGAACAAAAAAAUAGCUGGGAUGGCUUACACCUCUAGCAAAACCUUUUCCUUUUGGAUCUCAUCUCCAACUACUGAUAAAUGACAGGAUAUCUUGCUUUCAUUUCUUUCUUCAUGACUUUAAAAACAGGGAACAAAAGAGAUAGGACAUCAAAGCAAAAUAUUCACCUAUCACACUAAAUUACCCUAGACUGAAAGUAUGGGCUGAAAUGCAAGAUAUGCUGAUACAUGUUUUCAAUCAGGUACAAAAACUGCCUUGAGUAGGGGACAGAAACGUAAGAAAGCCUGGCUAACAGAGCCACUGAUUCCAUAUGCAGUGUACAGAGCAUGAAGACACAUCUGGAAUUUUAAGAGCAGAUCCAUAUUUCUCUAUUGACUGUCUGGGGAAAAAAGCAUUUCCAAAGGAAAUCUCAUUACUUUAAGUGACUACCUGAGGGCAAAAGGAACCAAUAGGUUUCAACUAGUAGGUCCCAGUAGGAAGUGCAAGGCAUCCAGUCAGGAUCUUAUCCACCUACUCUCCACAUUCCUCACAAGUGAUGUGGUGGUUGCAGAUGCCCAGAAAACUUUCUAGCUAUAAACAGGCAUUAGCUGAGCUAAACUGUCUGCUGUCCUGAAUCCAAAGCAUCUCCAUUCAUUUUGUACUUAGUCACACCCAGUUUUCAAAGUUUGCCUUUUGAAACACAAUUAAAGCAUCAUAAAAUAACAAAAUUAGCACAGCCCUAGUAGUUAUUUACCUCUAUAUAAAUGCCCAUAUACACAAAAUGUACGCAGUAAUAAAUAGGCACUAUGUAAAUAAUGUGUAAGAGAUCAGAUAAUACAAACAGCUGAAAAGGUUUGUUUUUAACCAUCUUCAAAAGGGAUAAAAUAAUACUUGCAAUUGUAAUCAUAUCUAUGCAUACACAUAUGUUUAUUAUAGUCUUUUAAUCUGUUCAAGUUUUCAAUUACUGAUUUCUUCAGACUUUAUCUGGGUAAGUGUAAACCAAGCCCAUUUUUAAUGUAGGCAAAACCAUUUGCACAGCAAAUUCCUUGUUAGACAGUCACAACAGACAACUUUCAUAAAUUCCAAAAUACACAACAUUUGUGGCACACACAACAGCAGUUUAACAACGCACAGCUGUACAUCAACACAAUCAUGGAAGCAAAUGGUAAAAUUUGCCAAGCAAAAUGCAAGUGCCCAGACUGGAAUUUAAUGUGAUAAUAAUAUUUAAUUUUCUUUUAAAAUGCCAGUUGUUAAAAAAAAAAGAAGAAGAAGAAAAGAAGGAAAAAAAAAGCAUUUUAAAGGGACAAAAAAAGAAGGAAAAACUCCUUUAUAAUUAUCACAAGUGCUCAGAAUUACAGUGUGAGUUCUUAUUCAAAAGAAAACAUGAAUAAUGGGACAGCUCUGUAUUGAGCUGGAGAAAUGAUUAUGUCUCACUGAGUAAACUCCUACCUCAAAAUCUCUUUGCAAUUCAAAAGCAACUUGAUUAAUAGGGCAGACAUUCAUAAUUUUACACUUAUAUGACUAGAUCUAAAACAAUUACUUUCAUCAACUGCCUAAAAAUUACAGUGCUAAAACAAUUGUUUAAAACUUGCAUGCACUGGUUUUAUUCAAGCUUGUUCUGGUACAAAUAUGUGUUUUUAAUUUCAUAAAGAAGGAUAGAAAAGAACGGCGAAAAAAAGAUUCUGAAGAUCUGAAAAGCAAGUGUUUAGCUAAAGAGGUAUUUAAAGCUGAUUUGGUUAAUAUUCUGAGUCAUCCCAGCUGUCAUAGAGACAGAAAGCUGCUGAACCCCACGAGCACAUUGAAAGCUACCCCCUUCAUUGUCAAGUGGCACAGACAAUGCCUCCAGAAUGCAGUUGCUGCUCUGAAUGUUCAGACCACAAUACAGGCAAUUGGCAAUUCUCCUUUUUUCAGAAGCUAGUAAAGACAGUGCAUUCUUAUCUCACUGAUACUUUGUUGAUUCACACGCGUUUGUAAGACCUGAGCAACCAUUGUCUUUCAUCCAAUAAAAACAGUUACGUAGCCAAUCUCUUAUUUUAUACAGCAGUGAAUUCACGGGCGUGUUAUUUCAAAGUGAAAGAAACUGUGACCAAUUAGUCAGAGUUUUAUUCCAAAUGUGUUAAAUUCUAGAUAUGCAGAAUUUCAGCAUUCAAAACAUCUAGUUUUCUGAUUAUUUAUUCAAUACCCAGACAGGUGAUAUUUAAAUAUCUGCUGCUUUAUUUACUCCUGUCCAUUUAAGAUGGCUUAGCAACAGGAGUAAAGGCAAGGAAAGGUCCACAUGGCUGAAAUACAGGCUCAAUUCUGGUUCCUUUAAAAAUGAUAUUCAAGCUUCCACAGAUGGCACUAAAUUUUAGAUAAGACCUCAUGACAUGAAAUCUAAAUGGUAUGAAGGUCAAAGUAAUUUAUCACUGGGGGCAUUUAUCACUGCACACAACAGAGCAAUAGGGAUAUGCAGAAUGAAAAUCUAACUUAUAUUCAUGACUUGUAUCCAGAGUCCAGGAUUACAGCCAACCUUUGGAUCAAACAAAGAAUUUUACGGUUGAUCUUAAAGCCAAUAAGGGAAGAUUAAACUGACGGUAUUUGGCAUUUGGAAUCAGGUGUUGAACUAGUAAUGUGAAAAUCUUUUUAGUGCUUUUUUUUCCUUCUUUUUCUUAAGGUCCUAGAGAAAGCUUGCAAUUGUUGAACUCCUAUUAGGGAAAAAAAAAAAGAGACUUGGCAACUCACCUGUACAAUACAGUUUACUUGCACAAUAUUAUUUCAAAGGCAAUCCGCAAUGCUAGCAACAAGGGAUAAACAAAACCACACACACCACCUACAUUUAAUUUCUGAACAACAGGAAUUCUCCAAGGGCUACAUUUUUAAACUGAUUAUGCUUAUUAUAAAUUAAAAGUAUAUGAGCUACAAAUUAAGUCAGAGAUUUUAACGCAGUAAUCAUGCUUAUGUAUAUAACCAUAAAGUAUAGAAAUGAAAAUACUGCAGUCAUACAUGGGAAUAACACCACAGACACACAUUUCCACUGAAAUUAUUGGAUUUACUGACCUAUGAAGCUACUUACACAUGCCUGUUUGCAUCUUGAGUUCUUAAUGACCUGUGGCUGCAAAUUAUUUCAGGAAAUCCUGAAGACUUAAACUGCCCUUCAAAAUUCAAUUCAAUUGAAAUUUAAUACUGACUAUCAAUAGGUUUAUACUAAGCAAUAAAAUGAGAUUUUAAACUAGUUUUAAAUAUAGUAAUACCUUUUUUGAAGUUUCCUAUGCUGCUCCAUCUUUCAGCAGUCUUUAGCAAGUUAAGUUUAAAUAAACAUCAAUGUCUGAAAACACCAGGAACAUCAACCAUGGAGUUUUACCUUUUUUUUUUUCCUCCCCAGAGAACCCAGUGAAGCAUAAAUACACAUAAAUGUUCAUCAAGAAAACUGAUGUUCCUACUUACUCUAUUUAUGUUUCUAUUUACAAAUGACAAUGACUAUCAGCUAACAUUACAACAACAUCCACCAUCCCUGGAAUUGUACAGCUGUAAUUAGAGACAUUACUCCGUACUUGAGCACUAAAAAAAUGUAUAUUUUCCGGCAGUAAUUUUUCUUUUCAUUUAUUAGAAUAGGAGGAGGAGAUGAAAGCAGCUGGGUAACGGUGCUUAAUGUUCACUUCACUGUAUCUUUUCUUACUUAUUUUUUUCACCACAACCGGAAGCGGUAAAAAUUGUCCUGAUUUUUGGUGAAAAAAUGCUCAGAGCCUUCUCCCACUUUCUUUGAAAUUUUGUUAAUUUUUAAGGACUCAAGUACAGAUUCUGUGGAAUGUCAAGAAAAUAUAAUGCCAUUAAAGGAUAGUAGAGAGACCACCUUUAAAUCAGUAACUUUUUCAUGCACUGGAAAAAAAUCAAACCCUGUCACUUGCUUUGUCACUAAUUCUUUUUAUACUAUAACAUUUAGCAUUUAAAUCAUUUGAGAAGCACUAGAAUCUCAUGCUAACACUCUGCCUUUGUGGGAAAAAUAAGUUGUGAUAGUAUACUGCCCUCUAAUUCACAUGCCCAAAAAAGAACU